AGCCACGCGGAGUGCCGGCCUUUGUGAAGCAUCAUGGCCGCGGGCCUCGGAGAACGCGGGGCCAGGGUCCCGCCGUGGCGGGGGAGGGGGGCCGGGCCCCAGGCCCCAGGCGGCGCCGACGCCGGUCGCUCUCCGCCCGGGUAAACAGCCCGAGUGUAACGAGGCCCCUCGCCCUGUGGGCCCGAAGCCGUAGCGUCGCUUUCAGGCGGGAAAGGUAUGAACACGGGUAGUGCUCGCUCAGGAUCCUGCCGGGUGUAACAGUUUGGGAAAUCUGAGAAGUCGCCUAAGUCCUUUUCUCCGCCAAAUGCUCAUGGGUUGAGUGUCACUUAGAUAAGCGGAAUGUGGUUUUGUUGUAACAAUGGUCGUGGUAGAAAUAAAUGGAAGGUGGCAACCUGUUGAUAGUGAUACCAUUCGAUGGUAUCAAGUACCAUUCGAAGGCCUUGGGUUGCUCUUGAUAGGAAUUUGAUUUGCUAUUCUGCAUGCUUGCAUGUGCCUUGUUACCUGAUGCACGGCAGUCCAGGCUAGGGCUGGUGACUGUGUGAGGCCAACCACCAGGCGGAGAACCUCUUUUUCCUGGUCUAAGCCUGGACUUCCAGUCAGUCGCCUGACGCUGAGUGGCCCAAACCCUGCCGCAGGCUGUCACUCACCAAAGGGAGUGAAUGGCCAGUCAGGAGUGCGCCUGUGAGUACAGGAUGUGAGGCCUGUUGGAGGAUGACAAAAGGAAUGGAUGAGGUCAUACUGCUGCUGGGUUGGGCGGGAGGCUGCGGUGUGAGAGGCUUGACCGAAAGGCACCAGCCCCAGCACUGGACAGUACAGCCAGUGCCUUGAUGCCAGCAAGUGGACUUCAGUGAAGGGCGCUGUCCAAGCCUGUUGGUUUUACCCCAUGUACCAGGGAUCCAGGGGAGCCUGCUGCAAGUCUGCUGCUGGCUUACAGUCCACUUGGCAAGCAAGGUUUGCAUCCGUGUGUUCAAUCAGCUGAAGCAGCAGUGAGGCUGAUGGUGGGACAGUCACUCUUUGAGCCAUUUAUGGUCAAGCACUCUGUAGGGCACUUCCUGGGGAUUGUUAUAAUCUGACCAUGACCUUGGUAGUAGAAAACAUGAAUCUCACUGGAUUGCUUGGCCUUGGUCCCUCUUAGUAACUGCUCUUCCCUUCCCCCUUUGGUGGUCUCAUAUGCUUCCUGGCUUUAAUGCCUUCUCUCCUUGACAUCUCCCAUCGCCUUCUCCAGCUCUGGCCUCCCUUCUGAGCCUCUGUCUUUUCCCUAUCUCCAUAUGUUGCUUUGAUGCCAAGUAGCCAUGUUCAAACCUAAAUCCUUAUCUUUACCCACCCCACAACACUUCUCAUGCUGCCUUCACCACCUCAAUGUGUGACAGCUCUGUUCAUGAGUUUAGAGUCACCUGGAUUCCUCUGUUAGGCCUCAGUGCAACACUCAGGACUAUUUCUUACCACCUUCAGUUUAAUAUGCUAUUCUGAACUUCCUGGUGAGCCUCUAAAUUCUUCUCUUUGCUCUCACUCCUGCUCCUUUCCCUACUCACCCACGAUAGUUUUUCUGGACACAGAAUGAUUUUUUUAAACUGUAAGAUAGUGUAAAACCGAGGAAGUGAGGAGAGGAGAGAGCUUGCCUGAGUGGUAAAGCAGCUUUACUGCUUUCUAGCUGUGUGACCUUGAGCAAGUUGCUUAACCUUUCUGUCCUUAACCUAUCUCUUAGUGCUGUGUGAGAACUGGUGAGUGAAAAUGCAUAACACUCUUAGAGCAGGGCCUGGCUGAAGGUUGGUUGCCACUGCUGUCCUUGGAUCAUGUCCUGUCCAGUGGCCCAUCUCUUAAGAUAAGAGCCGCAGCCCUGGUCUCAGUCCCCCUUAGCAGGCUGCUUUCAUCUGCUGCACUGCAUCUGUACCCCGGGGCUUUGCUCUUCUGUCACCUGGAACGUCCCCUCCUCCCACCCACUUAGCUCACUGUCUUCUGCCUCCAGAUGGGCUCUGGCUGUGCAGUCUUUGCUGUCUGCCCUUUCUGAAGCUGCCCCCCCCAACUCCUUGUUUUCUCUUGAAAACUUCUCAGCUUUUCUUAGUUGUUUCUCCAUCUCUCCUGCUAAAAAGAGAGCUCUGUGGGGUAUGGAUUUUCUCUGUUUUGUGUCCUUAGCAUCUAGAAUGGUACGUGGGCCAUGUGGAAAGUGUUCAGCAAACACUUGUUGAAUGAGUAGAGCAAGCUUACAGGGGAAAGUAAGGAAGUUGCCAGGACUGUCCUACUGUGAGCUCUGAGCCUUGAGCUGCUGCCCCUGGGGCUGGGCAGGCUUUCCUGAUCUCCCAGGGAGAAAGAGCGCUUUAUUCCUCUACAGCUCCCUGACCCCACCCUCUGCACCUCUUCCAGGCCUCCCUGCAUUGUUGUUAUUAUCAUCUUUGCUUUGUGUUUUGGUGAUGGCAGCUGCUUGGUCUUUUAACAUGGUAGCAGGUGUCCCCAUCCUGUACCAUCCUUUGUUUCAGCCCCCCCCCCUUCAGCCCCCAGAGUCACAGAUUGGCUCUUGCUAGUGUCUCCACAGACCUACCAGAAGUCGAUGGGUUCGGUCCUGAUUUUUAUCUGUGUUCUGUAGCACUGGACAUGCUGACCUGUCUGUCCUCUGAAAUGUUCUUUGUUGGUUGCCAGUAGACUGGCCUUACUUCACUCAGUUCUCCUUGUGCGUGUUCAGCUGCAGCCUCCUUAGCGUUUAUCUCAGUCUGAGUCUUGUUAUCUCUAUGCAGUAUCCCCUUGGUCUUUAGCACCUUUAACAGAUACACCUUUGGGGGAGGGGUUGUGUUAAACUCCCAUCGAAUUCAGAAAUGUAAGGACAUCUUAGAAUCUAGGAAAUAGAGUGACAGCUCAGUGGUCAUUGCCCUUCCAACUGUGUCCAGGUGGUGGGGACCUUGUCUCUUGCUUAUGGUAGUACAUCUCUUAGGGUAGAGGCCAGUGAAUAUUGGUUGAAUGAAUGAAUUAAAUCUAAGUUAAGUCUCUGGUUUUUAUGUUGUGUCUCCUUGAAAGUACAACCACCACGCUCUACUCCUUCACUGUAAACUUCUUAAAUAUGUGCUGUCUGCUGUCUCUGUUCUAUCCAUGCAGCCAGUCAAGCCUGCCCUAUGUGGGCAUGGGCAUGCAUGUGCGUAGCUGCACCCGUGUGCAUGGCAUGUUCAUGCGUGUGUGUGUCUGCAUGGUGUGGGAGUGUGCGCGCAUACACAUUUGCGUCUGCACGUGCUUCUCCUGCUUUGAUGCCCGGCCCUCCUGCAGACCUCUGGGUUUUUGGAUUGUCCCUCUGACCUGCCUUUUCACGUCAUCCCUUUUGUUGUCCUUUCUCUGAAGGGAAGCUUCCCAGAGUUGCAUCUUCAACCCUCUUCUUGGUCUGUGUUGCCUCUCUGGGCAGCCUCUCUCCUGUGGUUUUGGCGACUUAUCACCUCGCUGAUGUGUUCUGGCCUUCUGUUUCCCGGCCAGUCACAGCUCCAGAGCUGUGGCCUCAGCACCUGUUGGAUAGGUCUCCCUGGAGGCUCCAUCCGUUCUCCUCUUCAGGCUCCUGCCUGAAUGCUGGAACACGUGUGUCCCUCCAGGGGAGAAGCCUCAUUCGCCUUCAGUUACCUCUUGUCUCUGCUCUCCACCUCUACCCAGUCAGCAGUGGGGUCAGUUCUGUGUCUUCACUGUUCUUGAGGGCUCCGGCCCCAUCAACGGAGCUUCUUUCACACCUUUGUGCUCUGGCCUGGAGGACUGCCCUCUAUGCCUUGAACAUAGGCACUGGGCCUGGCACAGCUGUCAGUCUCCUUUUUCAAAUAGGGACUGAAUUGUGGCAUGAGAAUCACUUCACCCUUGGUGGCUCCUUAUUGCCCCCAGGAGGGAGCCAGGCUCCGGAUGGCACCCAGGACUUCCUGUGUCCUUGGCUCCAGCUGUCUCCUGAGGCUCCCCCGACCAAACCUGGCCAGGUUCCCUUCCCCACAGCCACCACCCCCUCCUCUACCGGGAACAGAACAUGCCACCUCUGGUGACCUCAGCACGCUGCAUCACUGUCCCGGUCCACGUGCCACCUUGUGGGCCCAGGAGAGCCUUGGGGUCCCUGGGUAGCAGAGCGCCUGGCCGUACCUCUGAGGCCCUAGUGCCGCAGAGUUGAGCUGAGGGUCUCGCAUUCGCCCUCACCCUCUGACUGACCCAGCCCUAGCAGGUGAGUGGAUCCAUGUCGCUCUGAUGGCCAGAGGGAGGCCACACACCUUGUGUGUGUUCCGGAAAGGGCAGCCUUGCACCGUGAGCUUGAUUACCUAGUAAACUGAGUUAAAGGAAUGCUGCGGUGAAGCUUAGCCUAGUUUUUAAAAGUCUUUCUUGAACCUUAAGAUAAUACUGUUUUUGUGCUUCUGAAGUAGGAAUAACAGUGGACAAUUAAUAAGAUAUUUAGCUUUGGACUUAAAUCGUAAUUUAGGUUCUGAAGGAAGAAUGUAGAGCUAGAUUGUUUUGAAGCCUAGAAGGUUCUCUGAGGCAGUAGUAUUUCAAGUUCUUUACUACACUGUUAAUAGCACUUGACUCUCAGUACCAGGGAAGCAGAAGGUUUCUGUCAUUUUGUGACGAUGUUUUUAAAUCUCUUUGCAGGUGGAAGAAGAAAGGUGCCACUUUGGCAUGAAGACAGACUCGCUUAGUCGUCAGUCAUUUAAGCUGAGUGCAUUGUGAUUUCCAAUAAUUGAGGCAGUGGUUCUAAAAGCUGUCUACAUUAAUGAAAAGAGCAAUGUGGCCAGCUUGACUAAGCCGCCAGCGUGUGCAGCGCGGGCAGGACGGCACCGGGUCUCAACGGACUUGUGCAUGUUAGCUGUAUAGAUUUAUGUAAGGUUUUUUAAAACUCUGGUCUUUUAAAAUAGUCUUAACCACUUUUACUAUGGAGACAUAUGAGAGUCCCUCUCCUCUCCCGCGUGAGCCCGCAGGAGAAGCGGUGAUGGAGAACCGAGCUUGCCCCCUCCAAGCGCUGCCCCGUGAACAGUCUCCACCACCUCCCCUGCAAACGUCCAGUGAUGCAGAGGUAAUGGACGUUGGCUCUGGUGGUGAUGGACAGGCCGAACCCCCUGCUGAGGACCCGCUCAACUUCUACGGAGCUUCUCUUCUCUCCAAAGGAUCCUUCUCUAAGGCCCGCCUCCUCAUAGACCCGAACUGUAGUGGCCACAGCCCGCGCACCGCCCGGCACGCACCUGCGGUCCGGAAGUUCUCCCCUGACCUUAAGUUGCUUAAGGAUGUAAAGAUUAGCGUGAGCUUUACCGAGAGCUGCAGGAGUAAGGACAGGAAGGUGCUGUACACAGGAGUGGAGCGCGACGCUCGUGCAGAGUGCGGUCUGGCCCUUAGCCCUGUCAGUGGAGACGUGCAUGCUUGUCCCUUUGGCGGGAGUGUUGGGAAUGGGGUAGGUGUAGGGGGUGAGAGUGCUGAUAAGAAGGAUGAGGAGAAUGAGCUGGAUCAGGAAAAGAGAGUGGAGUACGCAGUGCUCGAUGAGUUAGAAGAUUUUACUGACAAUUUGGAGCUAGAUGAAGAAGGAGCAGGCGGGUUCACGGCUAAAGCAAUCGUGCAGAGAGACAGAGUGGAUGAAGAGGCCUUGAACUUCUCCUAUGAGGAUGAUUUUGACAACGAUGUUGAUGCUCUGCUGGAAGAGGGCCUUUGUGCUCCCAAAAAGAGACGGAUGGAGGAGAAAUACGGAGGAGACAGUGACCAUCCAUCUGACGGAGAGACAAGCGUACAGCCAAUGAUGACCAAGAUUAAAACUGUGCUAAAAAGUCGUGGCCGUCCUCCUACAGAACCGUUGCCCGACGGGUGGAUCAUGACAUUCCAUAACUCCGGAGUCCCGGUGUACCUACACAGAGAGUCUCGGGUGGUCACCUGGUCCAGGCCGUACUUCCUGGGAACGGGAAGCAUACGGAAACAUGAUCCUCCUCUGAGCAGCAUUCCCUGUCUGCAUUACAAGAAAAUGAAGGACAAUGAGGAAAGAGAGCAAAACAGUGAGCUUGCCCCCAGUGGGGAAGUGUCCCCUGUCAAGCCCCUGAGCCGAUCUGCGGAGUUGGAAUUCCCCCUGGAAGAGCCCGACUCCAUGGGAGCUGACUCGGGGGCCCUGGAUGAGAAGGACCCACUGGGGGCUGAGGCUGCCCCUGGGGCCCUGGGGCAGGUGAAGGCCAAGGUUGAGGUGUGCAAAGAUGAAUCAGUUGAUCUUGAGGAAUUUCGGAACUACCUGGAAAAGCGUUUUGACUUUGAGCAAGUCACUGUGAAGAAAUUCAGGACUUGGGCUGAGCGGCGGCAAUUUAACCGAGAAAUGAAACGGAAACAGGCUGAGUCCGAGAGGCCCAUUCUGCCGGCCAAUCAGAAGCUCAUCACUCUGUCUGUGCAGGAUGCACCCACAAAGAAAGAGUUUGUCAUUAACCCCAACGGGAAGUCCGAGGUCUGCAUCCUGCACGAGUACAUGCAGCGCGUCCUCAAGGUCCGCCCUGUUUAUAAUUUCUUUGAAUGUGAGAACCCAAGUGAGCCUUUUGGUGCCUCGGUGACCAUUGAUGGUGUGACCUAUGGAUCUGGAACUGCAAGCAGCAAAAAACUUGCGAAGAAUAAAGCUGCCCGAGCUACGCUGGAGAUCCUUAUCCCUGACUUUGUCAAACAGACCUCUGAGGAGAAGCCCAAAGACAGUGAAGAGCUUGAGUAUUUUAACCACAUCAGUAUCGAGGACUCCCGGGUCUACGAGCUGACCAGCAAGGCCGGACUGUUGUCGCCCUAUCAGAUCCUCCACGAGUGCCUUAAAAGAAACCAUGGAAUGGGUGACACAUCCAUCAAGUUUGAAGUGGUUCCUGGUAAAAACCAGAAGAGCGAAUAUGUCAUGGCGUGUGGCAAACACACAGUGCGCGGCUGGUGUAAGAAUAAGAGAGUUGGAAAACAGUUAGCCUCUCAGAAAAUCCUUCAGCUGCUGCACCCACAUGUCAAGAACUGGGGGUCUUUACUUCGCAUGUAUGGCCGCGAAAGCAGCAAGAUGGUCAAACAGGAGACGUCAGACAAGAGCGUGAUUGAGCUGCAGCAGUACGCCAAGAAGAACAAGCCGAACCUGCACAUCCUGAGCAAGCUGCAGGAGGAGAUGAAGAGGCUGGCCGAGGAGAGGGAGGAGACUCGGAAGAAGCCCAAGAUGUCUAUUGUGGCGUCUGCCCAGCCUGGCGGAGAGCCCCUGUGCACUGUGGAUGUGUGAGGGAGGCAGCAGGGUCAGGCGCGGGGACUGCCAGCUCUGCUGCCAGGGAGACCAUGCGCCACUCACUGCAGCCUCGGGCGUCUGAUCUGAGUUCCUCCCCUGCGGCCAGGCAUCUGAGGCCGGGGCCAGAGGGGUGGGGCUCUGGUGCACGGGGACGGCAGGGCCACGCAGCUCUUCCUUGGGGGCCGCCCGCAGGUCUAAGUGGACGUGUUCAAGGAUGGACUCGGCUUGCCCACACGGGUGAAAGCCAAGAGCCUGGCAGUAGCUGUGGAUGACCUCUGCCUCUGGGGACUUGCUGCGGACUGGUUUGAUGAAGGUUUUCAUGAGUGUCAGUACGUAACAUGCACGGACAAGAAGUGGCAGACAGACAGAAAGUGGUGGCCGAGUCCUCUGGCGCCUAGGCCACUGCAGGGGUCUGGUCAGAAGGCACACACUGGCACUCCUCUCCCCUUCCCUGCCUCGUGUUUUCCUUUUUCUCUAAAAAGGUUAUAACAGGAAGGAGUAAUUGAAACCUUUUUGGCUUAAAAUAAACACAAUUUUAGAAUCAACUUUUUCAGAGAUUGCAGGCAAGCCCUCAAGGUGAUUCUUUUCCAUUCUUGAAACAUGUUGCCAGUGUGAGUAUGAAGUCUGCUGGUCUCCGCCCGGCUUAUUACCCUGGCCCUGAGCUGGCUUGUGGUCCAUUUUUUCCCAGUAAGUCUUAAUGUCCUGAAAACACGCUUUCUUAGACACCGAGGCCCCUCACCUUCACUGGCCUCUGGCAACUUUUUACUCAAGAUUUUUGCACAGUCAGGCCCAUCUGUCCACCCAUCAAUUUUUAAAGCUUUUAUGAUAUUUUAGCAUUUGGGAAGAAACUUUUACAGUGAGAGUAGAAGGUAGAUUUGGAAUCAUGUAGCAGAUGUAAACAAGCAUUUUCGCAUGAGGAUUUUAGAAGCGGAAACCAGGACCGUUCGUGUAGUCCAUCCGUGCUCACAAAGUGGCGCUCCUCCCCAGAGCGGAUGCGAGCACAUGGAGAGUAGUGGUCUUGCCCGUGGCUGCACUGGAUUUCAAGGGCACCUGCCCUGCACAGCCAGGGCUCAUGGCCACCUUGUUCCUUUGACCAGCAGUCGGUGCUCUCCAAGUGGCUCCUGCAGACUGGUGCAGGGUUGGUGUGUCCCUGCCCUGAGCCCCAGGGGAUGUGGGUGUGUUUGGGGCCCUGGGUUGUCCCGGAGUGCAAGGUAGUGGUGGCCAGCCGCUCCCUGUCCGUAGGGCCUGUUCAGGGUGCCAUGUGCUCUUUGUGCAUUGUUGGCUGCAGGGGCCCACUGCUGGGCUACAUUGUCCCAUUCCACGGGCAUGCCUGUUCUCCAUCAGAUUCCCCGUGGUUGGUGUCGAUUUGUUUUCAGGAAGACAGAAUGUCGGUCUUGUGUGCCACCCACGGUGUAUCCCUCCCUUACCACCUGUAUGACUGAGGUUGGCUUCUGUGUUGACCUUUAUAAAACAAAACAAAACCCUCAAAUCGAGUUGCUGUAAUUAGACACUUGCUUCUGUCUUGCCUCCUGUCUGCAGCUGUGAAUAAUCAUUUGACUACGACUGUUUGCCCUCAGAACAGCCAGAUGCGCCAUUGUGAACCAAAGCUUCGUGCUCAUAUGUUAACUAGAGGCAGUGAGGCUUGCUGCAGCCUCCCCAUGUCCUUCCUCCAUGUCCCCCUCCCCCCCCAUGUGGGUGUGAGUGUUGUGUGCACACAGCCAUGCCUUGGGGGCAGAGAAGAGGGGGAGGCUGUGGUGAUGCCACCUCCACACGGCCACUAGUCACUGUGUGCCUUCCAGGCGGCGGCGAAACUAUGGCUGUAAGGGUGAGCCUGGAUUGUCUGAAUGCAUAAAGCAAAACUGUCCCAAAAGGGAA